UUUUCGUUAUAUUGAUGUUUUUUUGGAAUGUUUCGUCAACAUUUUUCUGUUUCAACCCAAAAUUUUGUAUUAACCAGCAUUUUUCACCCCCGUUUUUUUAUUUUUCCAUGGUAAACGUGUCGGAUAAUUGUUUGUACAUCAUUUUUAUUCGUAUAAUUAGAACAAGCGAUUAGAAUCGUGAACGCCGAUCGACGUAUUGGGCCAUCUGAUUGUCUUUUUGUGUUUGCUGUCGUUUUGUUCUGGGCUGUUGACAUUGGAAAAUAAAUAACAUGCACUAUUAUUAAUUGGUUAAACUAACGCCGGUAAAAUGGCUGUUUGGAGUUCACUGAAGCUGGGAUCUGCGAUCACCAAAUGUUUGAGUACAAAGAAAACUGACAUGCUAAAAUCAUCUGCUCAUGUACCGACUCGUAACAUGAGUGGCCAUCAUCUGAUGGGUAUAAGAGAAACUCGUUGGCAAUGGGCUAAGUUCAAGGAUUUACUUCAUUAUUAUGUUUUGGUUGGUGUUAUUCCUUUAACAUUACUUAUCACUGGUGUUAAUGUUUUUAUUGGACCAGCUAAAUUGGCUCCAAUUCCUGAAGGCUAUAGACCUGCACAUUGGGAAUACUAUCGGCAUCCAAUCACCCGGUGGAUGGCACGUUAUAUUUAUCCCAGUCCACAACAGCAGUAUGAAAAAUAUUUACAUACAUUAUAUGAAGAAGAUGAAAAAUUUAAAGUCAGAAUGAUAGCAAACAAAAUUAAUGAAAUGAUGAAGGAUCGAUCAGAUUACAAAUCAUUUUAUUAUCGACCUAUCUCUGCUAACCAUCACAGAAUUAGUAAAGAAGCUAUGGAUCGUCAAGAAUCUGAAGGGCUUAACUAAUUAUGUACGUUUGAAUAAUUAAAUUAGAAAUUGUUAAUUUUAUAGUAGGUAAUAAAAACAUUAUAAACAUAAAUAAUAUGUUUUGAAAAAUCCAGAUAGAAUAUUAUAUUUUAUAUCAUAUGUUCAAAGAUAAUAAAAAUUGUCUGGCCUAUUUUGGUCCAACAAAUGUUGUACAUCCUGUAA